AAAACCCGCCCACGCCCCAGGUGAAGUUCAGGAACUGGUAUUCUAUAAAAUCUCCCUACAUGAUCUAUUAUGUAGCCAGGAUUUUAAAACACUGCACCCAAAGGGUGUUGGAAAAGUGGUGGAUGGUGCUGAGUUGGUGUCUCCACCACACCAUCACAGAAGACCUAGGUGCACAUACAGUAUUAUUGAUGUGCUUGUGUUCAUAUUGUUUGUCACAAUACUGCAGGAAAUUGUCUAUAGAAAGAAAACAAAUCAAUUACUUUUUGCCAAAACUCAUUUUUCCCAUGCAAUGUGGUUGUUCAGAAAGCAAUUUACUGGAGAUGUAAAUGACCAUAAUUAGCACAGUACAGGGCAAGUCAUUCAACUGAAAAAAUCCAAGAGGAACAUGCUUAAGUAGGAACAAAGAAUGUAAUGGAAACUUUUAACACACAAUUUGAUACUCUCUGCAACAGACAGAGCAGAAAAAGCUUGGUCCAUCAGGGAUGACUUUGGGAAAUGGUGAAAUGAUUACUUACCACAAAAUUGUGUUCAUUGUGUUCAAAGCUCCAGACUUUGCCCACUAGAGGAGCCCUGUGGUUUCUAACAGCUAACUGGUAUAUCACAUAAACCUGUAAAAUGUCACUGAUUCCAUUAAGAAGUAAAACCUAAAUGAAGUACUGAUGGAGCAUUCUGUGGACUGUUAGCAAUUUUCACUACAGAAAAAAUAGUGGCUUCUGUAGUGAAUCUGAAGGCUGCCUGUGGGUAGAAUGUAAGUUCAAGAUCUUUGGAAAAUAGAUUAUGAGUGGAUUCUAGAGAAGCCCACUCGUGUUCAAAAUAAUCACAUCAUGUGCUAAAAGUCACACAAACACACAUUCACAAACACCCAUAUACACCCACCCCAUAUAUAAUUAAUGGAAACAAUAAGGUCAGAUGUGCCCUACCAUUAAUAGGUUUAAAUAUUUUGAUCCUUUCCUUUUCUUUAUCUUGCUACCCUCACUCCUUUCCAGAAUUUUUCCUGAUGAGCACUCUCUCAGUAAAUCAUGUGCUUCUGAAAUCCUCUGCUUCUAGGGAACCAGGCACUGACCUUCACUAUGAUUCCCAUUAGCCCAAGAGAAAAGCUAGAUACUCACUUUCUCAACCUCUACAGUAGGUUGGAUAACUUUUGGCCCAAAUAUCCUUGUUCUUUUCCAUUAGGCAACAACAGAGUAUAAAUAAAUUAACAAGUUGACUUUAGAAACAGUAAGUGAUGAAAAAAAAUGUGAUAAUAUCAAAAGGUUGCUGGAGGUGGCAUGUGCUACUUUUAGCCAGACAGAGCGAAGAUAAUCUGUUAGAGUCACAGUAAGUGGCUUGAGCUAGGUGUGUACAUUUUGGAAACACCAGCAUACUGAUGGUAUGUAAAUCCACUGGAAUUGAUGGGAUCACCUUGAGGGAGAAUGUAGAAAGAGAAGAUAGCUCAGAACUAGUCCUAGGGCUUCAUCAUUUUGAGGUCAGUGACAGGAGGACCCUGCAAAGAAGACCAAGAAAGUAGGAGAAAGACUGGGAGAGGGUGGAAUCAUGAAUCCAAGAAAGUAUUUAAAAAGAAGGAAGUGGUGAUCUGUGCCCAAUGUGGUUACAAGUUAAGUAUGAUUAGGGCAGAGAAGUAACCACUAGAUUGGCUAACACGGAUGUUAUGAGUGGUUUAAUAAGAGCCAAUUCUGCAGCUGAGUCAAAGGAACACAAGCUAUAUUAGAAUGGUUAAGUGGAGAAUGAGAGAUUAAAGAUAUUCCCUAAAAUUAGUUACUGAACCAAACAAUCAUUUUCUUAUGCUUAUAAAUGAGAAAAGAAUUUGGGCAGGGCUCAGCAGGCAUUCAUAGAGACAGCACCAACUUCAGGGGAGGGAUCUUGUGCCCCACUUUUCAAUAGGAAGAGUGUCAAAGAAUUUGUUUCCAUCAUUAAUCUGUUACAAGAGGUGGUAAAAUGGAAGCAGCAACUGUUGACAUGUCUUUCAAAGAGAUUUAAGUUUUUUACAGAAGGAGCAGAGAAAGAGAGCAGUAGGUAGUUAGAAUGUGGGAUCAAAGAGUAUUUUCCCCAGAAAACUAUGAGUGACCCUAAAGCAUGCUGGUAUCUAAUGGCAACAUUCCAGAAAAAAAAAGAAGAGGUGGAUGUUGUAGUAGGGAGAAGUUGUAACUGGGACCAAAAUCCUUGAGAAGGAAAGAAAAAAAGGGACCCAGAGCAAAGAGAAGAGCUGGCCUUUCAUGAACAGGAAACACUUCAUUCAUGGUAACAGGAGAGAAGGCAGAGACAGGUGUACAGAGGCACCUUCUACUCUGCUUUGCUCAGAAGUCUCCUUGUCAGUGAUGCCUCCCCUGACUCCCCUUUCUUAAAUGGUACCUCCAGUACGCCCUAUACCCUUCCCUGCUUUAUUCUUCUCCAUAGAAUAUGUGCAUAUCCAUAGUGCAUAUUCGCAUUAUCCAUAGCACUGCAUAUGCAAGAGUGAUAUAUUUUACUGAUUUCUGGCCCAUAGCAGGGACUCAAUAAAUGUCAGCCAAGUGCCUGGAAUGAAUAAACACUGGAGAGAUGUACUUGAUGAGCUGUAAAGUCAGGAGUGGUGCGGAACGAGAUGCUUGAUACCCAGAUGUCUGAAGGUGACACACGGUGGUAGACAGGUGAGAAUAAAAUUAUAUCUUAGGGGUUCCAAUCACAGCCCUCCCUUCCUUCUGUACCUUUUCUGGCUGAGUCACGGCGGGUGAUCAAGUUACUGAACCUGAGCCACAAAGAUGAGGACCUUGUUAACACAAAGUGAGCGCUCCUCAAAGCCUGGCUCUCCUUUCCCACAGCUCUCCAUUUCCUCCAGCCUGCUAGUUCUCCCCUUUUUGCCCGGUCUAGGCAGCUAGUUCUCGGUCUCCUCCCUUUAAAGCGCAAGGAGCGUGCAGCUCCAGGCCGCAGGCGCCGAGCCCAGCUCAGGCCGUCGGCGUACGGGGCGGGCCGCGUGAGCUGCGCCGCGGGGAGGGGUGGAGCCAAUCCCUGGGCGGCCCGAGGCUGCGGGCUGACGGGCGUCUCCUGCCCGUCUCCUGUCCUUGCGUCCGUGUAUCCUUCCGUCGUCUGUCCCAGGCCAUGGCAAAGCUGACAGUGCUCACCCUCGAGACUGGGGCUGGCACUCUUCAGGGAUCACCGCUCUUCUUAUCUAACAAGAAAAAAUGCUUCCCAAGAGUAAAAUUGGUAGAACUUCCUAACUGUAAAUUAGGAAAAGGAAUAGAAACUGGCUCUGAAGAUUUGGAGAUACUUCGUAAUGGACUGGCUUUCAUUAGCUCCGGAUUAAAAUAUCCUGGAAUAAAGAGCUUUGAACCCAAUAAGCCUGGAAAAAUACUUCUGACGGACAUGAACAGCGGAUCAUGUCCACUGGAAGAGGAUACAACAGUGUUGGAACUGAGGAUCACUGGAAGUAACUUUGAUUCGUCUUCAUUUAACCCUCAUGGGAUUAGCACGUUCACAAAUGAAGAUAAUACCGUGUACCUGCUGGUGGUGAACCAUCCAGAUUUUAAAUCCACGGUUGAGUUGUUUAAAUUUCAAGAAGAAGAAAAGUCACUUUUGCAUCUGAAAACCAUCAAACACAAACUUCUGCCUAAUUUGAAUGGCAUUGUCGGUGUGGGACCUGAACACUUCUGUGCCAUCAGUGAUCACUAUUUUGUUGACCCCUACCUGAGAUCCUGGGAGUUGUAUUUGGGUCUAGCGUGCUCAUUUGUUGUUUACUGCAGUCCAAAUGAAGUUCGAGUGGUGGCCAGCGGAUUUGAUUUUGGUGGAAUCAACAUCUCACCUGAUGGCAAGUAUGUCUAUAUAUCUGAAGUGCUGGCUCAUAAGAUUCAUGUGUAUGAAAAGCACACUAAUUGGACUUUAACUCCAUUGAAGAAGCCUCUGUACUUUAACACACUUAUGGAUAAUGUAUCUGAGGAUCCUGUGACAGGGGACCUUUGGGUUGGUCGCCACCCCAAUGGCAUGAAAAUCUUCUUCUAUGACCCAGAGAAUCCUACUGGAUCAGAGGUGCUCCAAAUCCAGAAGAUUUUAGAAGAACCCAAAGUUACAGUGGUUUAGGCAGAAAAUGGUACAGUGUUACGAGGAAGGACGGUUGCCUCUGUAUACAAAGGGAAACUGCUGAUUGGUGCUGUGUCCGACAAAGCUCUUUAUUGUGAGCUCUAACAGGCCGAUUUGCACCCAUGCCCUGACAACAGGGAGCUCCUCAUUUCAACUGCUUGCCACAUCUAAGGGGCCACAGUGAUCUCAUCUGAACAAUGAAUGCUGACCCUAAAUUUGGACAUCGCAAGAGAUGAAAGUGUGAGUUUAGCUGGGAACAGAUGUGAUGCAUAAGGCUUCUUUGAGAGUACAAUAUCAAAUCAGUCUUGGGAUAUUUGACAACUUCCAUUUACCAGUAAAAAUCCUUUAAACGGAAUUGCUAAAAUCAUUACGUCAGUUGUCAGGUCUUAAGUAACUUAACUAUAUGUGACCCAGAAAGUCCUUUCCCUAAAACACGUUUUCCCUGAGAGCACGUGAGCUUAUUGCUGCCUUGCCUUGUCUUGUUCAAAAAGUAGGAUGAACGCACAUGUCAUCAGAGCCCCAGCACCCAGAGCCUCCAGUUCACGUGCUGGACAACCAGACAGGCACUAAGAAGCUGUCCUCAGCUCCAGGCCUACCUCCUUAGCAAAGCCAUUAGACAUCCUGGCACACUCAGACCCAUUCCCAUUUCCCU